CAGCGCAGACGGAGUUGGCCAAGACGAGAGUAAACGCAAGCAUGAACACACCAGAUGGGUCAGAUUCACCAGGUCAGAUGGCCAUAGAAGUGUCACAAAACAACAUGGAAGUCUUCAAGAAACCUAUUCAGCCAGCUCCUCGGAAGAAGAAAAAAGUGCUAGAUGAAGAGAGUUAUGUCAAGGAAGUGGAGAAAAUAAUAGAGAGAGAUUUUUUCCCUGACCUGGAAAAUUUGAAGGACAGGCUAGAAUACUUGGAUGCCAGAGAACAGAAUGACAUGGUCAAAUUAAGGGAACUUUACUCCAAAUACUCCGCUGGGAAGGAAACGCCUGUCCUCCGCAAUGUUGAGGAGAGUCCAGCAACAUUUGAGACUCCCUCUGAGAGCCGAGGAGAUGCAACACCCCGGAUGGCAAGUGCUUUUGGAGAAGGGUUGGAAACGCCAGAGACCAAUAAAAAAGACAAACAAAGUGACAAGAGCUCUGUGAGUGGGAAAGAGAUGUCGCUGGAUGAAUUCCUUCAAAACCACACAAGUGAAGAUAAUGAAAGCUUUGAGCAGAUAAUGGAGAAGAGUGAGCAGCGCUUCAGGGCCAAGUACUAUUGGAUGUUUGAUGCAGAAGAAAAACACAACAAGGAACACUUACCAAAUCUUGCCCUACCAACGACUGAGCAGCAAGCUCAAGCCUCAACCUUGGCCAUCACAGGCACCUCAGUGCAAAAUGAUACCCGGCCCAAGCAGGUGGAAAAUUGGAAAUUUGAAACGUUCAACUCUGUCAUGUUUGUGCCUGAUGCGGCACCUCUAUCAAAGGCAAGAUCAGUAGAACUUGCGAAACAGAAGAAGCGGGAAAUAAGCCUUUCAAACACCAGGUUUGAGGGCAACCCCUUUACUGAGACCUUGAGCCAAGCUGCAAUGAUUGAGGCGUCAGCUAUCCAAGCCAGCAAAAAGGAGGGCAAAGUGGGAGUGGACGGCAAGGAGCUGGGGAAGGACACCCCAAAGGUGAACGGCUAUAGCUUCGUGACGGCCCCAUCUCCCAUUCCGGGGGUGGAUGCCUCGCCCCUCAUGACGUGGGGUGAGGUUGAAGGAACUCCUUUCCAGCUGGAUGGCAGCCAGACCCCGCUUUUGAAGAAACACACUCCUGGGCCUACGUACAGGAUGCCUAAGCUUCCCAACAGAGAGCGCCUUGGCCUCCAGUUGGCUGAGAAGGCCAGUCAGAAGCAUAGGAUGAAAAAGGCCAAGGCUGCCUCUUCUACUGGGACCUCUUCGAACACCCCCGGCAGCAGACACACCCCACAUUCGUCACUGCAGAGAAUCACCUCCAUGUCUCCAGCAGCACAGAAGCUUCUCACAAACAAACUAGUAGUUAGACAAGGUACUGACAAAGCCUUGAGAGCUUCUUACACUCCAUCGCCAAGCAUUCACCGAGGUUCCUCAACGCCAGGAGCUAUCACACCAAAGACUGACUAUCUCUCCAGUGCACACAGAACGAACACGCCGAAAAUUAAGAAAAUAAGAACCCCAUCAGCAUCUGUUGAAGAUCCAUCCCCUGGGCUCACAGACAAUCUCCUGAACUUGCCUCGGAGAGCAAAGAUAAGCUCUACACAAGGUAGCAGUGAGUCACAGGAAGGCCCUAGAAAGCGUGCGGCUGAUUUCUUUUGAGUAUGCUGAACACACAUGGGUAUUUAGACUUUGUCUAUGGAAUACUAAUACUAUAACUGUCAAAUUGUGAUGCUCAAACUUUGUGUAUAAGGUGCAAGACAGUUUGUAAAACAGAAAGGAGAGGGAUUGGAAAGGUUUCAUAUUAAGGAUAUGACUUCAGUCCCAGCUCUGUUGUGCCUUCAUCCUCUUCCAUUGGCUGUUCGCUCAUUAUGUACAUUAAUUAUCCUAGCAGUACUUACCUUCCAUAGAUCUUAUCUUAAAGAGCUAAACAGUAUUCCUUGAGUUGGCUUAUCUUAUCUACUGUUGCAAAAUUUCCAUACUGGAAGUGGUACUAUACAUCAUCUGUGUCAUAUUACUAUGUAUAUAUACACAUCUCUCUUUAGUGUUUAUGAAAUCAUGCUAUCAUUUCCAUUAUCUUAAAUUUCAUUUUGUUGCAAUGUUUCCUUUGAAUUAGUGCCACAAGUGGGAACAAUUCUAAAUCAUCACAUUAUCAUACUCCAAAGUAUGAAAAUCUCUCUAUAUAUAUUUAUUGAAUAAAUAUUGGUCAAAAAGUCUUGAUGUAUUGCAAAAGAAGAUCUGAAGAUUAUGUUACUUAGGACCUUUCUCCCUUUUGUAUAUUUUUCUCUUUAUAGUGUCAUGUUUCCUAAAGAGAGAGGAGAUGGCCGAAACACAUUUGAUUGCCUGAAGUGCUUUAGUCAAGGGAUGUAUGUGAAAAGGAUGGUGAAAUUCUUAAGUAGUAUUAAUAUAGCACCACUAUUUUAUCAUAUCUUAUCAGGUACCUAAAUGGAGAUGGUUAGUGAAUAUAUGACUGUGUUUGUAAGUAAAAAUAAAAUUAUUCAAAUAAAUAUGUGUUAUGUCCUGUGUUGUGAGGGGCAAAGAUAUAAUACAUGUGACUGUAUACAGUGUUUACAGGUAAUUGUGCAUUAAGAUAAGAAAUUUGUUUAGAUUUAUAAUGGUUAAUAUUGCCCUCAAAGUGAUAAUACAUAUUUCUUAAUACAAAAGUUUUUUUUUCUCUAACCAUAAACCUUAAUUUGCAACAGAUUCAACAAAAGACAUGUAUUGACAUCUGAAUAUUAACUCCCGCAAACAUUAAUAUGAGUUGAAACAAAAUUGAAAUGCACUUGCACAAGAAAUGUGCUUGUUUUAGUCUUUUACUUCAGGCUUUCUAGAAUUGUUGACUUUAUUUAUUUGCAGUUAUAUCCUGAACAGGCAACUGCACAUUAAACCAACUGGCUACAUUUACAUGUACUGUCCACUGUAUUUUUUGUGAUUUUUGUAGCACACAGAUGGCUCCACAAGUCAUUUA